AUGUGGAAUCUCUCCAGCCAAUCGGAGCGAGCCACGCCCCUCUGCGGGGCCAAUAAAGGGCCGGCCGGUGACGCUCACGCGCUCUUCUGUCUCCCGCCGCGUCGCGGUUGGGACCUGCUGCUGCGAUUCCCGAUGGACGCGGGACCUGGACACCCAGAGCCCCGGGGCCCCUGGGCCCGCCGCCCCGCUCACUGGCCCCGCCCGCCACACAACUCCUUCAGGGAAACAGGCUGGGAGGUGGCGGGGAAACCCUCGGAAGGAAAGGGCAGGACGUUCUCUGCCCAGUUUGCCCACUUAGGAGGGAGCCGCGCCCACAGGCCAGAGGCCAAGACAGAGAAGAAUUGCAAGGAUACUGGGCGCCGAGAUGGAAGCAGCUGCAGGGUUCCACCAGAAUCAGAGCGCCGCUCGGAUCGCAAGGGCCCCGGGACGAGGGAAGUGAGGUCCGGCGGCGGCCCCCGCGGCAGGACAGGGGCCGCCCCAGGAGGCGAGGGCGCCGCGCCCGCGGGCACGAAGAAAAGAAAGGCCUCUGACGCCGGCCACCGCCGCGAGAGCCGAGGGAGCCCGGCUGCCCGCCGGCGGAGGUGGCAGAGGCAGUGCGCGGGGCGCGGCGGGCCCGGCGCCCGGGAGGACCAGCCGCCCCCGCUGCGGAGGUGUAUGGUGACCACCGUGCGCGCCAUGGCCGAGGCCGUCUACCGGGACGUGGUCCUGAUGCAGAGCCAGCUCGCCCGCUCCCCGCCGGACUGGGAGCAGCUCUGGCGGCUCGCGGAGCUGCGGGGGCGCCUGUGCGAGGUGGGGCAGGCCUUCUACACCCUGGCCUCCCAGGCGGCCUGCUCCCGCCCCCCCGAGAGCUGGCUGGUCCCCGCCCCCCUGCCGGCCGGGAGGGGGCCGGUCCGCGGCCUCCCCGAGCAGGAGAGGCGGCGGGCGGGUGCGAUCAGGCCUCAGCCGAGGGGACCCGACCCUCGGCGGCACCGGGCGCAGCUCUGGAAGUGAGAGCAGCGCGCCCACUGCCCGGAUCCCGCAGAGGAGCGGCGGGGCCUCGUUCGGACAGCGGGCUGAUAGCAGAGCACGUGGGGUGGCCCUGGAGGGGAGCUUAACAAACAGCGUCACGAUGGACCUCUGGGUGCCCAUGGGCGCCAACAGGGGAGGUUAAGUUUCAUGUUAGAUAUUUUAUGUAUUUCUAAUAUCUUAGGACAGCCAAACAUUGUUUUAGGAGAACAAAUCUCAGGGUGUGAUUCAUAUGUGUCUGUAUAUUUUAAAGUGUAGCAAAGUAAAUGUGUAUUCAUGUCCUCCGCUUUAAUUCCAAAAAGACGGUCACUCCGGGACUCUCCUCUCCGGGCCAUGGAGGCCGGAAAGCCACAAACCAUCCCAGCAUUCUGCUUGGAGGAAUGGUUCCGUUUUUUUAGUUUGGUGACAUCAUAAUGAAGUCACCAUUGUGUUCCUUUGCUUUUUACUUUAUAUAAACCAUCGGUCAAGAUACAUGAAAUGCUAUUGGGCCAUAAGUACUUACUCUUCAACUAGCUCGUAUUUAUUGUGUGCGUGACUUUAAAUCAUCUUCUGUUGUAUAGAUUUCAGUUUAUCUUAUUAGAGGAAAUUGAAUAUAAAUACUAUCAUAUAUUAUGACAUUUUGUUUUAUAUAGUUUUCUAUUUUCAUUUUAUACUGGGAUCAUAGAAUCUUUCAUAUAAAUGUAUACAGUUUUGUGCAAAAAAAAUAAAAUAUAAGCAUUUGGUUACUAUUUUAUCCUCUGGUUCAUAAUUUCCAUAUUACAUAGCAAUGAAAUGAAUAUUGAUGCUUUUCAUGUAUUUUGGAUGCCUACAUAUCUUUCUGUGGAAUUCGCUUUACUGCAAGUGUGGGUUACGGGUAUGUUUCCACUGUUACUUCAUCUCCACCUGGAGCUUCCGACACCUAACAGCUCUUAGGGACACAAGUUUCUCAUUCCAUUGAGUGGGGGAAUUCCAUGAUACAUGACAAAGCAAUCUGAACUUGUGACAUAGCUUCAAAUUCUGCAAAACAAAUUCCUACAUAGGUACAAAAUUACAACUUACAUUUAGGAACUGGGGGUCGGUUACAAAAGUAUAAAUAAAAAAUGUAGGAAUAAAUCUAAUAAAAAUAUACCAAGUGUGUAGGACAAAAACCACAGAAACUUUUCCUGAAAUACAUUAAAACAGACAUAAAUAUA